CAACUCUCUAAUUUUGAUAUUUGAAUCUUUGAACUUGUAGGCGGUGUCAUUCAGAUUUUCAACUCUUAUUUUUUUAUAUAUAUAUAUUUGGGUCUAUCUUUUUCCUCUUCCUAUCCCUUAAUAAAUUCAAUUCCUAAAUCGGUAAGUCAAACUAUCUAAGUUUGAUUAACUUUAUACAAAAGAGUAAUAACAUCUACAAUUAAAAAAUAUGCAUAUUAUGAAAAUAUAUUCUAUGGUAUAUUUAAUAAUACUAAUUGAAUGUUAUAAAUCUUGAUGGAUUUUUCUAGAAAUUUGGUCAAAGUUUAAAAAAAAUAACUUAAGAUAACACUAUGAAUCUAUUUAUUUAGGGACAGGGAGAGUAAGUAUUUGAGUCCCUAAAUGUCUAUUGUGGUGUCAUUUGGAUCCAUUGACUUGUCUGACACAUUGGUACAAAUUGACCUACUACCGCACUAUUUAAGUGUCGCAAUGGUAUUUAUAACAGUUAAACUUUCUUAAAUUUGACAAGGUUUAGAGAAAAUAUUAGCAACAUUUGUAUCUUUGAAUAAGUUUAUUAUAAAAAUAAUUUCAACAACCUGUCUAAUGAUACCAAUUAGUACCAUAAAUAUUAUUAAUAUUUUCUUGUACUAUAUUUUGGUCAACAUGCCAAGACAAAACCUAUUUGGACCAAUGUUGGCAUUUAGCCAUUUAGGGCAAGUCCAGUGAUACCACCACACAAUACAGGUCUAGGAAUUCAAAUAUCAAAAGUCAAGAGUUGGUAACUCAAAUGAUACCGUCAUACUACAAGAUUGGAGGUUCAAAUAUCAAAGAUCAAAAAGUUAGACGACUGAUUACCGUUGUAGUACAAAUUUAGGGAAUAAGCCUGUUCGCUGUUCUGAAAAGUUAUAACUGAAAUUACUAUUGACUAAUUAAUUGUAAGAGAAAAACACUGCUGGCUAGCGGAAUGAGAUGGGAUGGGAAGUCCUUGCACACAUCGAAGAUCGAACCAGCCACGGUCGCUGAUGUACGUUCCUUGUUUCAUGGACGCUCCCCCGUUUUGUCAUUUUCACACGCGUUGCACAAGAGCCAUUAUUAUAGCUGGACUUGUUCCUGCACGCCUCCAUACGCGACUGCAGCAGGCCAGACACCCCGCCGGCCAGCCCGAGUUUAGCGUGAUGAGAGACACGGUGGUUCUGUACCCAAGCCUCGGCGUCAGCCAUCUCCUGCCGAUGGUGGAGCUGAGCGGGCUCUUCCUGCGGCGCGGCCUCGCCGUAACCUUCGUCGUCGUCGAGCCGCCAGCCGCGUCGACGGACGCCUCGUACAGGGUCGCGCGCGCUGCUGAGGCCAACCCGUCCAUCCACUUCCACGUGCUGCCGCUGCCGCCGCCCGACACCACCGUUUCCCCGGAGCUGCCGCGUGAUCCUUUCGCUCUCUUCCGCCUCGCCAACGCGCCGCUCCGCGACUACCUCCGCUCGGUGUCCCCCUCCGCCGCCUCCAUGCGCGCGCUCGUAUUCGACUUCUUCUGCAUCGACGCGCUCGACGUCGCCGCGGAACUCGGCGUGCCGGCGUACCUCUUCUACACGUCGGGCGCCUGCAGCCUCGCCGUCAGCCUGCACUUGCCGCACAAGCAGGCUGAGGUGAGCGCCAGCUUCGGGGACAUCGGCGACGCGCCGCUCUGCUUUCCGGGCGUUCCCCCGUUCAUACCCACGGACCUCCCCGAGAACGCCCUCGACCGCGACAACAAGGUGUACAGGAAGAUCCUGUACACGUUCGAGCGGGUCCCGGCGUGCCACGGCAUCCUCGUCAACACGUUCGAGUGGCUGGAGGCCAAGGCGGUGGCCGCGAUCAGGGAAGGCGCGUGCGUCCCGGGUCGUGCCACGCCGCCGGUCUACUGCGUCGGGCCACUUGUCUCGGGCGGCGGAGAAGCCAAGAAGCACGAGUGCCUCUCGUGGCUGGACGCGCAGCCGGAGAAGAGCGUCGUGUUCUUCUGCUUCGGGAGCAUGGGCUCGUUCUCCAAGAGGCAGCUCGAGGCGAUCGCCACUGGGCUCGAGAUGUCCGGGCAGAGGUUCCUCUGGGUGGUACGGAGCCCGCGGCGCGAUGGCGCGAGCUUGUAUGCCGACGAUGGUCAUCAGCCACCUGAACCUGACCUCGGCGAGCUCCUGCCGGAGGGGUUCUUGGAGAGGACCAAAGCCCGGGGGCUGGUGGCCAAGUCAUGGGCGCCGCAGGCGGACGUGCUCCGGCACAGGGCGACGGGCGCGUUCGUCACCCACUGCGGGUGGAACUCGGUGCUGGAGGGGAUAACGGCAGGCGUGCCGCUGCUGUGCUGGCCGCUGUACGCGGAGCAGAGGCUGAACAAGGUGUUCAUGGUGGAGGAGGCGAGGGUUGGGGUGGAGAUGGCAGGGUAUGACAGGGAGGUGGUCACCGCAGAGGAGGUGGAGGCGAAGGUCAGGUGGGUGAUGGACUCAGAGGACGGACGUGCACUCCGUGCGCGAGUAAUGGUGGCGAAGGAAAAGGCCGUGGAGGCUGUGCAGCAAGGUGGUACAUCGCACAACGCUUUGGUCGAGCUCUUGGCGGAUUUGGGUUUUGAUGAAUGUGGAACACACUAGCGAGUGAAGUUGUCAGGCUCCAGGCAUCGUUGGAAAAGGAUAAAUUAUGCACGAGAAGAUGUAAUAUCACAAUUGCAAGGUCAAUGAAUGCCUGAUGCACGUGUUGUCCUA